GAUCUCAGUUACGUGCUCCGGGAGAAGUUUGUUUUAGAUCGGAAGAAGAUUUUAGUGACGAGGACGAUAACAUACCGCUUAUUCAGUUGUCUAAACGAAGAUGUGAGACAACGGACCAGUUUCAUCAGUCAACAUCUGGGACAGAGGCAAGUCCUUGCCGGCCAAUAAGCGUACCAAAAAAUAAAACAUACAAUUGGAUUGAACAAGAUAUUCAGCCCAACUUCGCGGUCUGGCAAUGCAUGCAAACAUCAGCACCGAAUUUGAAUCCCAUGCAAUAUUUUGACCUAAUGUUUGGAGACACAAUUAUCAAUAUGUUUGUACACUACACCAAUUUAUAUGCAGCAAAGAAAAAUGCAAGCAAGUCCUGCCCUAUUACGAAAGACGAAAUGUAUUGCUUUAUAGGUAUAUUACUAUACAGUGGGUACGUGAUAGUACCUAGAAGAUACAUGUAUUGGCAAAACGCUUCCGAUUGCGGUAUGCCUAUAAUAUACAAUGCUAUGUCUAGAGAUCGGUUUACGUAUAUUAUGUCAAAUUUGCACUGCUGUGACAAUUCAAAAUUACAGUCAGGUGAUAAGUUUGCGAAAUUACGUGAAUUAUUUCAGCUUCUGAAUCAGAACUUUGCAGAAAAUGCACCGUUUGAAGAGCACUACAGCAUCGAUGAAGCAAUGGUUCCGUAUUACGGAGGGCACCCGUGCAAACAAUUUAUUCGUGGAAAACCCAUAAGGUGGGGCUACAAAUUUUGGGUUGGUGCUACACGUCUAGGAUAUAUAUUGUGGUUUGAGCCGUACCAAGGAAAGUGUAGUACCGUAACAUCGAACCACUACAAAAACGCCAUGGGUUUAGGUGCAAGUGUAGUUUUAGAAUUCGCAGAUGUGUUAAAGGAAAUAGACAAACAAGCACCUUUUCAUCUAUUCUUUGAUAAUUUUUUUACGUCUAUUUACCUCAUAGAUGAACUACGACUCCGAGGGAUUCGGGCAACUGGAACUGUGCGAGAAAAUCGUGUCGCAAAGUGCCCAUUGACUGCCAAUAAGUUUCUACAGAAGACACCUAGGGGUACAUUCAAAUAUCAGUCCACAAGUGCUGAACAUAUUUUAGUGUGCAAAUGGCAUGAUAACAGCGUUGUCACUGUUGCAUCAAACGCAGCCACAAUAGAACCUGUGGCAAAGGUAAAGAGAUUUUCGCAGCAACAAAAAAAAUACAUACUUGUGGACCAGCCAGCUGUAAUAAAAAAAUAUAAUGAAAAUAUGGGAGGAGUAGAUCGAUCCGAUCAAAAUAUUGGCCUUUAUAGAACAUCUAUUAGGGGAAAAAAAUGGUACUUCUCUUUAAUUUGUCAUGCACUUGAUAUGGCUGUACAAAAUGCAUGGCAAUUGUACAAGAAUAAUGGUGGCGAAUAUGACUCCCUAAAUUUUCGCAGAUAUGUGGCAACAUCUCUUCUCGAAAGCUAUAAAAAAAAUUUUGAACGAAAAGAUACACGUGCUAGCGGACUGUUUCGAGAUUGUGUACGUUUUGAUGGGAAAAAUCAUAUAAUAAGUGCCACAAAAAAGCUAAUUUUAUUUGUGCAAAAUGUAAUGUAACGUUACAUCCCAAGAUUUGUUUUGAAAAGUUUCAUACUGCUGAAUAAAGAGUAACAAUAUGACGUAUUCAUUAUUUUAUUUUAAUUCAAAUUAAUAUUAACAUUUGGUAGUAUAUUUUGCUAUUGUCCUUUUAAAAGAACACCUUUUUCCUACUUUUCCAUGAGAGCAGCAUUUUUUUUAUUAUUUUUCCCUUGUUAUAUAUAUUUUUUCUAACACUUCACAUAAAUUUCGUAAAAAUUAAAGGUAUUUAGGACGUCCAGUAACA